CAUCACCACAGCCACCGCAAGCAUGGCCGACGCAUUCACUCAGUCCUGCCAGAACUCAAGCGGGCCCAAGGCCCAUGCCCGCACGAAGGAGGUGCUCGACUCGCUGAUGAAGCAUCUGCAUGCCUUCUGCCGCGAGACGCAGCUGACGCAGGACGAGUGGCUGCUGGCGUGCAAUGAGCUGGCGCGAGCCGGGCAGAUGAGCGACGCCAAGCGCAACGAGCUCAUCCUCAUCUCCGACGUGCUGGGCAUCGAGUCGCUCGUCGACAGCAUGGCCCACGAGCGUGCUGCUGCCGCUGCGGCCGCGCCAGUCACGGACGGCGCGCCUGCCGAGAGCGCCCCCACGCUGAGCGCCAUCCUGGGGCCGUUCUAUCGCGAGAAUGCACCGAAGUACCCCAACGGCAGCGAUGUGGUGCUGGACCACUCUAUCACCGACACCAAUGGCAAGCCGGGCAUCACUGCGUCCAUCAGCGGCACUGUGUCGGAUGCCAGCGGCAAGCCCAUUGUUGGCGCCGAGAUCGACGUCUGGUUUGCCGGGCCCAACGGGCUCUAUGAGCAGCAGGACCCCAAGCAGCCGGCCUACAACUACCGCGGCCUCUUCACGACGGACGCACAGGGCGCCUAUUCCAUGCGCGUGCUCAAGCCCACGGCGUACCCGAUUCCCUUCGAUGGCCCUACGGGCGACAUCCUGCGGGCACUCGACCGGUCGCCAAUGCGUCCGGCACACAUCCACUUCCUCGUCAAGGCGCCGGGUCACAAGACGCUCAUCACUCAGCUGUACGACCGCGACUGCGAGCACGUCGCAGCAGAUGCGGUCUUCGCCGUCAAGGACAGCCUCGUUGUCGACUUCCGGCCAGCCGCAGCAGACGCUUCGCACGGUGCCGCGACGGAACUGCGCUACGACAUCGUGCUGGCCGCUGCUGCAUGAGCGCUCGCCGGAUGCAAUGCCACACGUGAUCACACAC